AUGAUCGCCAAAAAAUCAUUGCCUUCGACUCAUCGGGUCAUCAUCAUUGAGAAGCAUUCACACUUCCAUUACAUGUUUGCUUUCCCACGUGCAUGUGUCAUUUCAGGAUGGGAGAAUGAGCUCUUUGUGCCCUAUACCAAAUUCUUUGAGUCACCAGAGCAGGGUCAGGUCAUCCAGGCUGUGGCCACAGGCAUCUCAAAGACUCAUGUUGAGCUCGACAGAGCUAUCGAGGGAUUUGGAACCAAUAUCGAGUAUGACUACCUGAUCUAUGCAACGGGGGCCCGUCAUCCUGAACCAGGUAAUCUCAAUGAUCAUGAUACGAAAAAAGGAGCCAUUCAACGGAUCAAGGACAUGCAGGCAAAGAUUCAGAAGGCGACAAAGAUUUUAUUGAUCGGCGGCGGUGCAGUGGGACUGGAAUUGGCGGUAGAAAUUCGGGAACAUUAUCCAGAGAAGGAGGUGACCCUGGUCCAUUCCCGAGACCGAUACAUGCCCUCGUACAAGUUAAAGAUGCAUGAGAAGACUGUGGAGAUCCUGGACCAGUUUGGGGUGACUAGGAUCAUGAGCGACAGAGCCAUCAUUCCUGAAGGAGGAUUCAAGGAUGAUUUCCAGAUGAUCAAGGUCGUUACAAAGAAUGGCAAGGAAAUCGAAUGUGAUCUUCAGAUCCUUUGCACUGGAAUGACACCACAGAGUGACAUGCUGGGCAAGUUGUCUCCAUCCUCCAUCAAUCUGGCUAAUAAGCUCAUUAAAACCAAGCCCACACUGCAGAUCAUUGACGAUGAAUUCCCCAAUAUCUAUACUGCUGGUGAUGUUGCUGACCUGGAGGAUGUGAAGACGGGAGGUGCAGCCUGGCGACAGGGCGAGGUUUGUAUGCGGAAUAUCUGCAAGAUGAUUGAGACUCCCAAGGUCCAGACCAAGGACCUGAUUGUACAUAAACCCAUGGCCCCUCAGAUUAUGCUGUACUAUGGUCUUGCCAAGGGUGUGGCCCAACUCAAGAUCUUUGUCCUCUUUGUCACUGCUUGGGACUUUUUGCUCAAACGAUUCUUUAGCUAUAAUAUCCAUGCAACACGCUCUUGGUCUUGGCUUGGAACAACUCUCUCGCCAGAAACUGCUGACGACUAA